AUGACUGGAGGCAAGUCUGGAGGCAAAGCCAGUGGCAGCAAGAACGCGCAAUCCCGUUCUUCUAAGGCCGGUCUCGCGUUCCCCGUCGGACGUGUCCACCGUUUGCUCCGCAAGGGCAACUAUGCCCAGCGUGUUGGUGCUGGCGCACCCGUCUACCUCGCAGCUGUCCUGGAGUAUCUCGCAGCUGAAAUUCUUGAGUUGGCCGGCAACGCUGCCCGUGAUAACAAGAAGACCCGUAUCAUCCCGCGUCACCUCCAGCUCGCCAUUCGUAAUGAUGAGGAGUUGAACAAACUGUUGGGUCACGUCACCAUCGCCCAGGGUGGUGUUCUGCCUAACAUUCACCAAAACCUUCUUCCCAAGAAGACCCCAAAGAGUGGAAAGGGCCCUAGCCAGGAGCUGUGA